GGGCUCCCACAGCUGAUUGGCCCCCAGACCUGUCCCUCAGGCUCUGCCCAUUCAGGACCACCUUAAAAAGAGCUGAGUGGUGCUGAAAAGACACAGCCAGUUUCAAUGAGGUUGGAGUUUGCAAGCAGCUGGACCAGAAAACUCAGCGCGUUGUCACAGUGUCCGCACCGGAGGAGCAGCCCGAUCCCUUGGAUCCGAGAGCCCUGCAGCCGACAUGUCUGCCCGCAGCGCCUAUGGGAUGCUGUCGUACUACGUGUUCCUCCUGAGGAUUGCUCAGUCAGCGGUAGCAGGUGCCUCGUGGACUUAUACAGGUGACCAUGGCCAGGAACAUUGGGCAGAGUCUUAUCCGGACUGCGGUGGGAUGUCCCAGUCUCCCAUCAAUAUUAAGACGGCAGACAUAUCCUGUGAUGGCACCUUACCUCCUAUACGUCCAGUGGGAUACAGCACCCCGGGUGGUGCCCCAUUCACCCUCACUAACAAUGGUCAUACAGUGAAGCUUUCUCUGCCGCCAUCUAUGCGUCUCCACGGACUCCCGAAUAAUUUUACUGCUGUACAGCUUCAUCUACACUGGGGGAACAAGUCUAACCCAGAAGGGUCAGAGCACCAGCUGGAUGGAAAGAUUUAUCCUGGAGAGCUACACAUCGUCCAUUACAACUCAGACAAGUUUCCGGAUAUCAAUGAAGCCAAAAGCAAGCCGAACGGACUGGCCGUACUGGGGAUCCUAAUAGAGACAGGAGGCGAGGAUAAUGCAGCCUAUGGGAAUAUCAUUAACUACCUGGACAAGAUCACCUACGCAGACCAGAGCGUGUCCGUUCCAUCCUUCAAUAUCGAAGAGCUGCUUCCUGAGGGUCUGGACCAGUAUUUCCGAUAUGGGGGAUCCUUGACAACUCCCCCCUGCUAUCAGAGCGUGGUAUGGACCGUGUUCUACAAUAAAGUCCGCAUCUCGGUGUCUCAGAUGGAGAAGCUUCAGACAAGGCUUUAUUCUACCAAAGUCAGCUUUCCCUCAGACGUCCUGCAGAGUAAUGUCCGGGACCCUAAGCCGCUGAACCAGAGGACCGUGUAUUCCUCCUUUGUGAUACAGCCGGCCUUGUCUACAGGUAAAAUUCUUGGCAUCAUUUUUGGUUUGUUCCUGGGACUGCUGGGUCUCUCCAUGGUUUUGUACUUUAUCAUCAAACAAGUGAGAAAACACAGGGCGCUGACGCUGGAAUCCUCUGAACAUGCUGGCGCUGCCAAGGCCUAAAUGAAGGCUUCAAAAGUUAGCGACACUCUGCUCCCACACCGGGGCCGCUAUCAAGACUGUGAAUUUUUUAUUUUUCUGAAGAUGCUGCAUUUAUAACGGAAACUCUUGGUAUUCACUAUAUGGACUAUUACUCGGGCAGGUGCCCCACCGAUCCCCGAGGCACCACCGCUACCUGACCCUCCCGCCUGCUGAUGAGGACCUUCUAUCCGGCACACAAGGUCUUCCUCAGGAAUUACAGACUCACAGGACCUCUCCUGUCUCAGCCAUAUUGGAUUAUAGACUUGGACUUUACAUUACGUGAUCAUGUUGUAUAGUUCAAGGGCUCAUCCGGUGACAUGUCACCCGAGCCUGAAGAAAAGUUCUGCCACUUUCCAACAGACUUUGUGUAUCAGUUCUUUAAGAUGGCUGCUUGCUGUCAGUGAAUAGGAACACUCAUAGCGGAGCGUGUUACAGUUGUGAACUGAACAGGACUCAGGACUCAGUCUGGAUUCCAGGCUGUGACCAGAUAGAAUUGUAACAAACGCUCAGCUGUGAGAAGCAUUAGGUCUGUACAGAAAUGUUCCUAUUCACUGAUCGAAAGCGGAAAUCCAGAAGCUGUCAAGGAACUGAAACACAAAAGGAAUGAGUCAGUAGAAUGACUUUUCAGUGUAGUGUGGGUAAAGAGGUUGUCAAUCUUCGGGGGGGCUUUCUUCAGACCUCUCCAUGUUGCCAGACCUGUGGACAGUGGUGAAAGGUCCCUCACGUGUCACGGGAGACGCCUGACACUGAAGGAACUGGAACCCGGUGGCAGUGACAACCACAUCUACCAGAUUCUCAAUAAGUGUCUGAUAGAUCCGGGUCCUACCUCUGAAGCAAGCACCAUCUCCAGAACAGGGGCCCAGACCUCUCCCACGUGGGAGACUAGAGGGAGAGGAUAGCCCAUAGUGUAAAAUACAUAUUAAAGUAUACCCCGAACCCCAGUCCGAUGGAUAAAAGUGCCUUCAGCUUCUCCCUGAUUCCUGUAGAAUAUUCUACAAGUCUACGUGCCAGCAGCCUCUGCAAUACUUCGAAAAUCCAAUGCUGGAAAACAGGACAAUUUUUGACAAUAAGUGUUUGUACUCAGGAGCAUGUGCACACAUCUGAGGUAUGAGGCUUGCUGUGCCCCAUCUCUUCAGGCGCAGACUGUAAUUGGUGCCCAGGUAUGUGUCAGCAGCUGUGCCAGUCCAAGUCUCGUCUGUGUUACUUCUGUGCCCGAUCGUUUCAUAAUUACCGGUAAUAGUAAAGCUCUGUAAUUAAAAA